UUCAUAUGUGACACUUUAUCUUGUACAGUGGAGCGUUGCAGCAGAACUGUGCAUACGCUGAAAGGGCUAACCGGAAGUACUCUCCUGGCAUCAACCGUGACUUGACGCAGGCUGCUGGGGCGCCAGGCAGCAGCAGUAGCUGUCCCGUCAUCAGCUCACACCCAACGGGGCUGCAGCGCACCGCUCCUCCAGCGUGAACAUCAUGACACCCCGGUUCAAAACCGCAAUCUGAGCCGCACUGAGGAAAUCGGCGGAGGACUGUUAGUAACGGACGUGGAUACACACACACACACAUACAGACACACACUCAUGCACAUUUCCAUACACAUUAACACGCGCACACACAGGAUCGCUAAUAUUGCAGCGACCACCAGCACCAAGACCACCAGCAGCACAGCACAGACUGGAGCUGUGACCGAGGCGAACUCCACUGCUCCGUGGAAUUGCUCUCUUCGCCCCAGAGACGCGUCCCGCUCGGACCCCCGCUAAAGAAAUCCCUCCCCGCGAGUCGUUUCACGCCAAAAAAUGUCUUCGUCGGGCAAGGACGCCAACAGCGGGCAUUACGCCAACUAUGUGGGACCGUACCGCCUGGAGAAGACGCUGGGCAAAGGACAGACAGGUCUGGUGAAGCUGGGUGUCCACUGUGUCACAAACCAGAAAGUUGCCAUAAAGAUUGUCAACAGAGAAAAGCUCAGUGAGUCAGUUCUUAUGAAGGUGGAGCGGGAGAUAGCUAUUCUCAAACUCAUAGAGCAUCCUCACGUUUUAAAGCUGCACGACGUCUACGAAAAUAAGAAAUACCUAUAUCUGGUGCUAGAGCAUGUGUCUGGUGGGGAGCUUUUUGACUACCUGGUGAAGAAAGGCCGGUUAACACCAAAAGAAGCCCGGAAGUUCUUCAGACAAAUCAUCUCCGCUCUGGACUUCUGCCACAGCCACUCCAUAUGCCACAGAGAUUUGAAGCCCGAGAACUUGUUGUUAGAUGAGAAGAACAACAUCAGGAUAGCAGACUUUGGCAUGGCGUCUCUGCAGGUCGGGGACAGUCUGCUGGAGACCAGCUGCGGAUCUCCACACUACGCCUGCCCAGAGGUUAUCAGAGGGGAGAAGUAUGAUGGGAGGAAGGCCGAUGCGUGGAGCUGUGGAGUCAUCCUGUUUGCACUUUUAGUGGGCGCUCUUCCUUUUGAUGACGACAACCUGAGAAACCUGCUGGAGAAGGUGAAGCUGGGAGUUUUCCACAUGCCUCACUUUAUCCCUCCAGACUGUCAGAACCUUCUGCGUGGCAUGAUUGAAGUAGACCCCAUUAAGAGGCUGACGUUGGAGCAGAUCCAGAAGCAUACGUGGUAUCUAGCUGGAAAGAACGAGCCAGAACCCGAGCAGCCCAUCCCCAGGAAGGUGGCCAUCAGAACACUGGCUUCGGUUGAAGAGAUCGACCCCGACGUCCUGGAGAGCAUGCACUCCCUGGGCUGCUUCAGAGACAAGGACAAACUGACCAAAGAUCUGCUGUCUGAGGAUGACAACCAGGAAAAGAUGAUCUACUUCUUGCUACUGGACCGGAAGGAGAGGUAUCCCAGCCACGAGGACCAGAACCUGCCACCGCGCAACGAGAUCGCAGACCCUCCCAGGAAGCGUGUAGACUCACCCAUGCUGAGCCGUCACGGCAAGCGGAGGCCGGAGAGAAAGUCCAUGGAGGUGCUGAGCGUCACAGAGGGAGGGUCUCCUGUACCAGUGCGGCGAGCCAUCGACAUGGCCACGCACGGACAGAGCAAAUCUGUUUUCAGUAAGAGCUUGGAUAUCACAAACGCUAACUGCAGCAAGGAGGAAAGGUCACGGUCAAUCAGUGGAGCAUCCUCUGGUCUGUCCACCAGUCCUCUCAGCAGUCCCAGGGUGACUCCCCACCCCUCCCCCAGAGGGAGCCCUCUCCCAACCCCCAAAGGCACCCCAGUGCACACGCCCAAGGACAGCCCAGCUGGUACUCCCAGCCCGACACCACCACCCAGCCCUUCCAUUGGUGGCAUGCCCUGGAGGACGCGCCUCAACUCCAUCAAGAACAGCUUCCUCGGCUCACCGCGCUUCCACCGCAGGAAAAUGCAAGUUCCCACCCAGGAGGAUAUGUCCAGUCUCACCCCAGACUCCUCGCCAGAACUGGCUAAGAAGUCAUGGUUUGGAAACUUCAUUAAUCUGGAGAAGGAGGAGCAGAUCUUCAUAGUCAUCAGAGACAAACCUCUCAGCUCCAUAAAGGCCGAUAUUGUGCAUGCCUUCCUUUCUAUUCCCAGUCUGAGCCACAGCGUCAUCUCUCAGACCAGUUUCCGGGCAGAGUACAAGUCCACAGCUGGUCCGACGGUUUUCCAGAAGCCGGUGAAGUUCCAGGUGGACAUCACCUACACCGAGAGCACCAGCGCCACAAAGGAGAACGGCAUAUAUUCUGUCACCUUCACCUUGCUCUCAGGCCCUAGCCGACGCUUCAAGCGUGUGGUGGAGACCAUCCAGGCCCAGUUGCUCAGCUCCAACGACCAGCCUGGCAUCCAGCCGCAGAUAUCUGAUGGCUCUCAGCGCUCAGCUUCUUUGCCCAGUAAAUCCUCCAAGCGUGGCAGCCCGUUGAGUAACUUCUUUGACGUAAUUAAACAGCUUUUUUCAGACGAGAAGAACAUCCAAGCGUCCCACUCCCCCGGCGCCCCCGCCACGCCUAGCUCCCCCACCAAGCAUACCCCCAGCAGCAAGCCCAACCAGCCCCCACCUAAUGACUCUAAAUGCCCCCCUGGCAAAGACAAAACAAAGAUGGCUGCCAGCAGCAGGACACAGGAAGAACCUUAAGGAGCGGUAGCUGUGCAUGACUAAGAUGAAAGCAGUAAUCAGGUCAUUAAAUAAGAGAAAUUAGGAGAGCUGCUAACUUUGCCCUUUAGUUAGGAAUAAAACAAGAAGAUCUACUUUUUGCCUAUAAAUUUUGUACUUAAUAAUGGGAAUGGCUAUUUCAGUUUAAAAGUCGAUCAGUAUUUUACAAUAAGUAGCAGAUGUAGCUUCGUCGUCCCUACCUUGUGUCCCUCUCUAUGUGUCCUCCUCACAUGUGUGAUGGCUUGACUUGUCUCUGCCACCAGGGAUCAUCCAUAAUAACUAUUAACCUUGGCGAGACGGCUGACAGCGGCCUGCUAGGCCUGCCAGCACCGGGAGAGUUUGAAACGGAAGAAAACAUUGAGGACCACUUCCCUAGCCCACUUGAAUCCACUCCCCCCGCCCUAUAUCUUUGAGUCUCUUCCUGCUGCCGCAUCAGUAGAGUACACUUCACCCCACCAGACCAAACACGGACACGUCUUGGAAGAGUUGUAAAAAGAAAAAGAAAAAAAGCCUUAAGACAGUGACGUUUGUCAGUCUGCACACAUGUAUACCCUCUCCCUCUUUCUUCCAUUUCUCCUACAUGUACAUAAAAAAAUGCACCCACCACACAUACACCUCGGCAUAAACAACCUGUUCGCGUGAUGAACUUGAAAUCGAGAUGGGAUGCAGGAGCGAUGGAAGAAAGCAAAGGUGGACGGAUGGAUCAACAAACACUGGCUGGAUUGUAAUUUUUUUUAAAAUCAUAUUUCUUUGUGAGCAGCAGAUUCUUUUAGCUCACUCUGUGCUGUCUGUACAUGGGUUCUUGCAAUUAAAGACUGCCCAUAAAAGUAUGAUAAAGAGGGUUGGCGGUGGUAAUAUUAUAUAAAUGAAUGAUCUAUUCUGUUGUACAGACUAAACUGUGUCCCUGCUUUAUGUCAAAAAGUGUAGUAGUGGCAUUAUGUUUUAGAGUUUUUGCCAUAUUUUCUUUAGUAUUCCUGAACAGGCACGGCCACACCAGCAUUCGAAAUGUUUAAUUGUAACAGUAGAUGGAGCUCACAUACAGGAAGAGACCUGCAACCAAGGCUGUGGGGAGUCAUGAAAUAAUGCAACUGCUAGCGAUAAGGGCAAAACAACCUGUGUUAAUGUGAGGUACACGAAUAGUAAUCUAAAUGAGCUAGUUAACUAGCUGCAGAUUUGCUAGCUAAACUUAGUUUCUCACUUCAGAGGGAAGAGCCCAUUACAGUAAAAAAAAAAAUAGAAAAUACUCAAAAAGCUAUUUUGGAUUUAGCGUUAGCAAGUUCUUGCUAGCUAGUGCGUUGACCGUUAACAUUGCCCAGGAAAUUUUGCUGGUGUGACCAGGCCGUUUUGCUUAGUCGUCUCCUUUUUAUUUUGCACUUUGAACAUUUUUCUUGAGUUACACCAUUUCAGUGUGUUUUAAAUUUUCUCUUUUAUUCCCCAAGUUCUUUUAAAUUAUCUGCAGGUUUCAGACAAUAUUGAACUGCUGUGUAUAUUUUUGUACUUUACUGUAUUUUGUCAUUUUUUAAAUUAAUUUAUUAUUGUUUAUUUAUAUGAAAGAUGUAGAGAAUGUUUCUUAAUGUCAGAUUAUUUAAGGAUAUUUUUGUCAUGUUUAAUUUAUUUGACCACUGAGAAAUGAAAACAUUUGUGUGUUUGUUGCUUUUCCCUGGUUUUCGAUGCAAGAAACCUUGUAAUAUAUGUUUGGGAAAAUAAUUUACUGUAAUUUAAGAAUGUAGUUUUAGCCUCUUUGAGAGGAACAAACCCUUUGUUGAUGACUGUCCUUUUCCCAGACCCCAUGCCCCGUGCGCGUAUGAUGGCUCAGAACUCACCAAACACUCAUUCUGUAAAUAAGCCGAGUUUACUGGCAAGCUUAUUUAAAAAAGAAAAGAAAAAAACACAAAAAAACAAGGGGAUCCCUAUUCUUAGCUUUGACCUUGUAUGGUUGUUUGCAUGUUCAGCAUUUGUCUUUUCUUUGCAUGUUGUCGUUGGAAUUGUUCUCCUCUUCCCCUUUUCUCUACACAUUUCGGUUCUUUAUGUGCAUUCAUUUGAAUUUGCCUUUUUGUUUUUUUACAUUUUCAUUUAAUUUGCUGUCCUUUCUCUUUUUUGAUUACUGUGUGCACACAGUAACCGUGCAAUGCAUUCUCCUUACUCAUUCUCUCAAAGAGGGACCUUGCUGGCAAUUGGGUCACUCACUCAGCCCAUCUGAGUGGGUGUUGAGUUGUCAGAGAGAAAAAUUAAAGCAAUACCUUUCAUCAUUCGCUUUCCUCUUUUUCUACUGUGGGAAUCCAGAGCACACAGAAUGGACUCUUCGGUACUGAGCGCUACUACUGAGCAGGAUAACCAUUUGCAAUGUAUUCCCUUGUGAUGUUACUGUGAACAACUUCAGUGCUAAAGGAAAUAAAUCUGUUGACUUUGGAGAAGUA